AUGUCCAUGCUCUGGGGUAUCUAUCAAUUGAUUGGUUAUUUCAUUUGUGAAGCUCUUUUAAUGAUACUGGUUUGUGGUAAUCACAUGAACAUUCAAGAUGAAGUCAACCAAGUGGUGAUACAUGAGCUAAUUCAUGAUUUUGACGAUUGUCGUGCUGCAAACUUGAACUGGGCUAAUUGUGCACAUCAUGCUUGUAGUGAGAUUCGUGCUGGCCAUCUAAGCGGUGAUUGCCACUAUAAAUGGGAAUUGCUGAGGGGUUUUGUAAAGAUUCGAGGUCAUGAACAAGAUUGUGUGAGACGAAGAGUUAUGAAUCUGGUUUGUGUUAAUUCUUUUAAGUGUUGUGUAGGAUGUGCUCAACCAUUAGAAUCCUAUUCCUAUGCAUCUAGGCGGGCACAUGCUGCCGCCUCAUGUGAGUUUAAGGCCAAUGGCUAUGGUUAG